CCUCCAGCAUGUAUUAAUAGAAUGACCAAAGGACUGCAUUCUCAUUGUGAAUGUGCUACUAACCAGCUGUCUGCCUUCUGGACAAAUCACCUCAUCUAAGUCUGCGAUUGAUUCACUGAAAUAAGUGGUUUAGACAUGACGUUUCCAAAGGUCAGUCCAAAAUGUGGGUGCUUUUCAUGGUGGCAGCUUUGCUAUCUGCACUUGGAACUACACAUGGUCUUUUUGGAAAAUCAGCACCAACAAACCCUGAAGUGAAUAUGAAUAUUAGUCAGAUAAUUUCCUACUGGGGAUACCCAAAUGAAAAAUAUGAAGUUGUGACUGAAGAUGGUUAUAUCCUUGAGGUUAACAGAAUUCCUUAUGGGAAGAAAAAUUCAGGGAACCGAGGCCAGAGACCUGUCGUAUUUUUGCAGCAUGGUUUGCUCGCAUCGGCCUCAAACUGGAUCUCCAACCUGCCCAACAACAGCCUGGCCUUUAUUCUGGCAGAUGCUGGCUAUGAUGUGUGGCUGGGGAACAGCAGAGGAAAUACCUGGUCCAGAAGAAAUUUAUACUAUUCACCAGACUCCGUUGAAUUCUGGGCUUUUAGCUUUGAUGAAAUGGCUAAAUAUGACCUUCCAGCCACAAUUGACUUCAUUGUAAAGGAAACUGGACAGGAAAAGCUUCACUAUGUUGGUCAUUCCCAGGGCACCACCAUUGGUUUUAUUGCCUUUUCUACAAAUCCCAAGCUGGCUGAAAGAAUCAAAACCUUUUAUGCAUUAGCUCCAGUCGCCACUGUGAAGUAUACAAAAAGCCUUAUGAACAAACUUAGGUUUAUUCCUCCAACCUUGUUCAAGAUUAUAUUUGGUGACAAAAUAUUCUACCCACACAAUUUCUUUGAUCAAUUUCUCGCCACUCAAGUGUGUUCCCGUGAGACACUGAAUGUCAUUUGCAGCAAUGCCUUAUUUAUCAUUUGUGGCUUUGACAGCGCAAACUUGAACAUGAGUCGCUUGGAUGUGUACGUGUCACAUAAUCCGGCAGGAACUUCAGUUCAAAACAUGCUGCACUGGACCCAGGCUGUUAAAUCUGGAAAUUUUCAAGCUUUUGAUUGGGGAAGUCCAGCUCAGAACAUAGUGCACUUCAAUCAGCCCACACCUCCCUACUACAAUGUGACUGCCAUGAAUGUGCCAAUUGCAGUGUGGAGUGGUGGCAAUGACUGGUUGGCUGACCCCCAAGAUGUUGACCUUUUGCUUCCAAAACUUUCUAAUCUCAUUUACCACAAGGAGAUUCUUCCAUAUAAUCACUUGGAUUUUAUCUGGGCAAUGAAUGCUCCUCAAGAAGUUUACAAUGAAAUUAUUUCUAUGAUGGCAAAAGAUAAAAAGUAGUUCUGGAUUUAAAGAAUUAUCCAUUUAUUUUCCUGAAAUACUUUGUUCUC